AUGCAGAAGAGCGUGCGGUAUAACGAGGGUCAUGCCCUGUACCUGGCGCUGCUGGCCCGCAAGGAGGGCACCAAGCGGGGCUACCUGAGCAAGAAGACGGCGGAGACCAGCCGCUGGCACGAGAAGUGGUUCGCCCUCUACCAAAACGUGCUCUUCUACUUCGAAGGCGAGCAGAGCGCCCGGCCCGCCGGCAUGUACAUGCUGGAGGGUUGCAACUGCGAGAGGGUGCCGGCCCCCAAAAGCUGCGCGGCCGGCAGCGCCAAGGAUGCUGCGCUGGACAAGCAGCAUUACUUUACUGUUCUUUUUGGCCAUGAAGGGCAGAAGCCACUGGAGCUCCGUUGUGAGGAUGAAGUUGAUGGGGACGAAUGGGUAGAAGCAAUUCACCAAGCUAGUUAUUCAGAUAUUCUGAUUGAAAGGGAGGUGUUAAUGCAGAAGUACAUUCAUCUCGUCCAGAUUGUAGAGACUGAAAAGAUUGCAGCCAAUCAGCUUCGACAUCAGCUUGAAGAUCAAGACACAGAAAUUGAAAGACUUAAAUCUGAGAUUAUAGCUCUCAAUAAAACAAAAGAAAGAAUGCGACCUUAUCAAGGCAACCAGGAAGAUGAGGAUCCAGAUAUUAAAAAAAUUAAAAAGGUCCAGAGCUUUAUGCGGGGCUGGUUAUGUAGAAGAAAAUGGAAGACUAUUGUCCAAGAUUAUAUUUGUUCUCCCCAUGCAGAAAGUAUGAGAAAAAGGAAUCAGAUAGUUUUUAACAUGGUGGAGGCUGAAUCUGAAUAUGUGCAUCAACUUUAUGUUCUUGUGAACUGUUUUCUGCGGCCCUUAAGGAUGGCUGCAAGUUCAAAGAAGCCACCUAUCAGUCACGAUGAUGUUAGUAGCAUUUUCCUCAACAGUGAAACAAUCAUGUUUCUUCAUGAGAUAUUUCACCAAGGCUUAAAAGCAAGAAUAGCUAAUUGGCCUACUUUAAUCCUAGCUGACUUAUUUGACAUUCUGCUGCCAAUGCUGAACAUAUAUCAAGAAUUUGUUCGGAAUCAUCAAUAUAGUCUACAAGUACUGGCAAACUGUAAGCAAAACAGAGAUUUUGACAAACUCUUGAAGCAGUAUGAAGCCAACCCAGCAUGUGAGGGGCGAAUGCUGGAAACUUUCCUUACUUACCCCAUGUUUCAGAUUCCUAGAUAUAUUAUAACACUUCAUGAACUUCUGGCUCACACACCACAUGAACAUGUUGAGCGAAAAAGCCUUGAAUUUGCUAAGUCUAAACUGGAAGAACUUUCAAGGGUGAUGCAUGAUGAAGUGAGUGACACAGAAAACAUCCGGAAGAAUCUAGCCAUAGAAAGAACGAUAGUAGAAGGCUGUGAUAUAUUACUAGAUACCAGCCAAACUUUUAUACGCCAAGGUUCCCUUAUUCAAGUCCCUUCAGUUGAGAGGGGGAAACUUAGUAAAGUUCGUCUGGGAUCAUUAUCUUUGAAGAAAGAAGGAGAAAGGCAGUGCUUCUUAUUUACAAAACAUUUUUUAAUUUGUACAAGAAGUUCAGGAGGAAAACUGCACCUUCUUAAGACAGGAGGUGUUCUGUCUUUAAUAGAGUGCACAUUGAUCGAGGAGACAGACACGAGUGAUGAUGAUUCAAAAGGUACUGGACAAGUGUUUGGACACCUUGAUUUCAGGCUUGUGGUUGAACCUCCCGAUGCUCCUGCUUUUACUGUUGUCCUUUUAGCCCCAUCACGACAGGAGAAAGCUGCAUGGACAAGUGAUAUAAGUCAGUGCAUUGAUAAUAUAAGGUGCAAUGGUUUAAUGACCAUAGUGUUUGAAGAAAACUCUAAAGUCACAGUGCCGCAUAUGAUCAAAUCUGAUGCUCGUCUUCAUAGAGAUGACAUUGAUAUCUGCUUCAGCAAAACACUGAAUUCCUGCAAAGUACCUCAAAUCCGUUACGCAAGCGUUGAGCGCCUUUUGGAGCGGCUAACAGACUUGCGAUUUCUAAGUAUUGAUUUUCUGAAUACUUUCCUACAUACUUACCGCAUAUUUACUACUGCAGCUGUUGUACUGGAAAAACUUUCAGACAUAUACAGGCGGCCCUUCACUUCCAUUCCCGUCAGGUCUUUGGAGUUAUUCUUUGCUACCAGUCAAAACAACAGAGGAGAGUACCUGGCUGAUGGGAAGUCACCACAUCUCUGUCGCAAGUUUUCUUCUCCUCCUCCAUUGUCACUCUCCAGAACUUCGUCACCUGUCAGAACCCGAAAACUGUCGUUGACCUCACCACUGAAUUCAAGGAUUGGUGCCCUUGACCUCUCUACUUCAUCUGUGGCGAGCAGUCCUACCUCGACCUACAGCCCAGCCACCUCCCCACCGCCAACGGGUAGUAAAGUACCCCUGGACCUCAGCAAAGGGCCCUCCUCUCCUGAGCAAAGCCCUGGCUCCAUUGAGGACAGCUUGGAGAACCCUCGUGUUGACCUCUGUAACAAGCUGAGGAGAAGCAUUCGAAGAGCAGCAGUUCUAGAAUCUGUGUCAGUGGACCGGACAAUCCCUGAAAGCACCUCGGCAGUGGAUACCACAGAGCUUUCACCGUGUAGAUCCCCUUCAACACCACGUCAUCUCCGCUAUCGUCAACCAGGAGUACAAACUGCUGACAACAGCCACUGUUCGGUUUCUCCUGCUUCUGCUUUUGCUAUUGCUACAGCUGCAGCAGGGCAUGGGAGUCCACCAGGAUUUACCAAUUCUGAACGCAUGUGCGACAAAGAGUUCAUAAUACGCAGAGCGGCCACAAAUCGUGUCCUAAAUGUUUUGCGCCACUGGGUCUCCAAGCAUUCUCAGGAUUUUGAGCUGAACAAUGAGCUGAAAAUGAACGUGUUAAAUUUGCUGGAAGAAGUUUUGAGAGACCCUGACCUUCUCCCACAAGAAAGGAAAGCUACUGCAAAUAUACUGAGGGCUCUUUCUCAGGAUGAUCAAGAUGAUAGCCAUUUGAAAAUAGAGGAUAUCAUUCAGAUGUCAGAUUGUCCAAAACCGGAGUGCUUUGAGACUUUGUCGGCCAUGGAGCUUGCAGAGCAAAUAACUCUUUUAGACCACGUAGUUUUCCGAAGCAUACCCUAUGAAGAGUUUCUUGGGCAGGGCUGGAUGAAAGUGGAUAAAAAUGAGAGAACACCCUAUAUUAUGAAAACAAGUCAACAUUUUAAUGAUAUGAGUAACCUUGUUGCCUCCCAAAUCAUGAAUUACGCUGAUGUCAGCUCCCGGGCUAACUCAAUUGAAAAGUGGGUGGCAGUGGCUGAUAUUUGUCGAUGUAUGCACAAUUACAAUGGUGUGUUAGAAAUCACGUCAGCCUUGAACAGAAGUGCAAUCUACAGACUUAAGAAAACUUGGGGUAAAGUAUCCAAACAGACAAAAGCUCUCAUGGACAAGCUUCAGAAGACUGUAUCAUCUGAAGGAAGAUUUAAAAAUCUUAGAGAAACGCUCAAAAAUUGUAACCCACCUGCUGUUCCCUACCUUGGAAUGUACCUGACAGACCUGGCAUUUAUUGAAGAAGGAACACCAAACUUCACUGAGGAGGGCCUUGUGAAUUUUUCCAAAAUGAGAAUGAUCUCACAUAUUAUCAGGGAAAUACGCCAGUUCCAGCAGACCUCCUACCGCAUAGAACAUCAGCAGAAGGUCACUCACUAUUUACUUGACAAGACACUCAUCAUAGAUGAAGACACCUUGUACGAGCUUUCCCUAAAGAUUGAACCCAGACUCCCCGCCUGA